CCACAGGUCCCCAGGUCACACCAAGGAGCGUGGUUGGGGACGCGGCCCACAGGAGCGGAAAGCCAGGGCGCUGUGAGGCCUGAGGGUCCCCAGACGGCCCGGGCCCAGGAGGCCCAGCUGGGGCAGGUGCUGGGCCAGGGCGCCCUGGCUCCCGCUCCCCAGGGGGCGCCCAGCCGGCCUGGGAGGAGGAAGCAGAGGGGGCGCCACGCUGCGCAGCCGAGGCCAUGGGCGCGCGGGCCUGCGCGCUGCUGCUGGCGCUGCUGCUGGCGCGGGGGAGCCUGGGGACACCAGAGUCGCAGGAGGCCGACCUGUUGUCAGGUUCCACAGAGGCUAGGCUGCUAUCAAAGCCCUGCGGCCACCGCGACAUCAUUCACCCGCUGGUGGUGGGCGGAGUGGAGACGGUGCGCGGGCGCUGGCCGUGGCAGGCCCUCUUGCGAGUGCGCGAAGGCCACUUCUGCGGAGGGAGCCUGCUCAGCCGCCGCUGGGUGCUCUCGGCUGCGCACUGCUUCCAAAGGUUCCAUGAUGCCUCCAACUGGUUGGUCCAGCUUGGAGAGCUAACUCUUAAGCCAUCCAUCUGGAACCUUCGGGCCUACAUCAAUCGAUACAGGGUGCAGGAUAUCAUUGUGAACCCCAGCUUCUAUGAGGGUCUCAGUGACAUAGCCCUGCUGAGACUGGCCACCCCUGUCACCUACACUAAGUACAUCCAGCCCAUUUGUGUCCUGUCGUCCACCUUCAUGUUCCAGCACCGGCCCAACUGCUGGGUGACUGGCUGGGGGGUACUCAGCGAGAAUGACACAUUUAUUCCGCCUCCCUACAACCUCCGGGAAGUGCAGGUCACCAUCUUAAACAACACCAGGUGUAGCUACCUGUUUGAACAGCCUGCAGGCCGCAGUAUGAUUCAAGAUUCCAUGUUUUGUGCUGGUGCUGAGGAUGGCAGCGUAGACGCCUGCAAAGGUGACUCAGGCGGACCCUUGGUCUGUGACAAGGAUGGACUGUGGUAUCAGGUUGGAGUCGUGAGCUCGGGAAUGGGCUGUGGUCAGCCCAACCGGCCUGGUCUCUACACCAACGUCAGUGUGUACUUCACCUGGAUAGAGACGAUGAUUUCCUGCACUCCACCCCGGCAGGACUCCUCUGGGUUACUGCUGCUCCUCGCUCUGCUGUGGUCCCCCCGACUCCUGCGGCUGGUCUGAGUCUGCCCAAGGCCGUGGGGGUACAGUGGGCACCACAGCCUUGGCACACUCCCCCAGGUCAUGGGCACUGCUAGAUCAGGGUCAGGACUGCCUGCUGGAUCCGGCUGUAGUCCUCCCUGUCUGGAUUGCUAAUAAAGACUAUGUAUGUUCAAGUUGAUGCUUGCAGAGCUUUCUGUGGACCCAAGUGGACUUGCAGACACCUCCCUCCUGUUUGCUUGUGUCCAGUUCAGGCCCAGACCCCACCUGGGGUCAUGAGAGCUCUGCCUUCGUGAAUGGAUUUAUGCUGUUAUCAUGGGAGUGGGUUCCUGAUAAAAGGAUGAAGUUUGGCCUCCAUCCCUUCUUGGCCUUGUCCACUUCCUUGCCUUUCUUCCAUGGAAGAUUCACCUGAUGCCAGUGCCAUGCUCUUGUACUUCCUUGUCUUCAAAACUACAAGCCAAAUAAAUAUCUUCUCUUUUUAA